UCCAAUGUACGUCAGCAGUAAUUGUAUGCCUUACACUGCUGUACAGUGAGAGUGAGUGUAAAAGACAUAUCAAAAAGAGGUAUCAAACUGAGACCUAGAUGUUCCUUUUCAAUGACUGCUCAUUUCCAUGAGCUAUGCUUGGAAUAAAGGUUACAACGUACACAUUCUCACAUAUUUAUUUUGUUGGUUUCAUAUCCUACCUAUCAACAGAGACUGGAUUGGGGGUAUAGUUGUUUUGAAGACUAUUUCUUUUUCUUCUUUUUUUCUUCUUUAUUUUUUUCCACUGGAUUAUUUGCUAAUCAGACUUCAGUGCAGUCAAGAUAAAAGAGAGAAAAUCUGUUGCCUAAAUAGGAGGCUUUUAAUGAGGAUGUGAGCCCCUGGGAACUGGAUUCUGAAGUAGAACGAUGCUGCCUGCUGUUCUCUUGUCAUUUCUUCAGUUGCUUCUCUUCCCUUUUCUGAUGGGCCUAGUAAGCAGGAACUGUCCAAGGUACUAGGAUGCUGGAAGCUUUGCUUUUGAAUGCAGACGGUUUGCAGAAACAGAGAAGAAACAGAUUACUGCUUAUUUCAGAAGAAUCUAUUCAAAUGAGGCACCUUAGCAAACCCGGGUGAUUGCAUUUGGUAUUGUAAUCAUCUAUGUGGCAAAGUGGGUAAAAAUCAUCCAAUUUCUUCUCUGCUGGACUUCAAAUCAGUGGGCUGUGUGGGUGUACCCAUCCAUUAGCUAUGCCCUCUUUUCUCUGAGUGUUGUUUUAAAGAAGCAAGUACCUGUCUUCUGCCACAGCAUUUUACCGGGAAAACUUUAAAGGCUAUUCUAUCUGAUAGGAAGAAGAUCAAUAACACACUGAUCUCUAGUGAUGAAGAAUCUGAUAGUAUGGACACUUUUACCAUCCAGAUAUGAUGCACUUUAAUUGAAGGAAAAAAAAAAACUGAGCUGAACUACAAGUCUGUUUCUUAUGGUGCUGGAAUACUCCUGCAGACUGCACUGAGAUAAAGCACGGGGGAAAGGGCUUUGACAGACACAAGUCACCUUUUGAUUAUUGCACUUAGCUGUCCCUGGGGACUUAAAUUUUGGAAAGUGUUUCUUCCUUUUUAACAUGAUCUCCUGCAAGAUGAUGAGUUCUAAUUCAGAGGAGGACACUUUGGAUGCUUUUCUCCAGUACAUAGAGGAUAUGGGAAUGAAAGCCUAUGAUGGCUUGGUUAUUCAGAAUGCAUCAGAUAUUGCUCGAGAAAAUGAUCGCUUACGGAAUGAAACUAACCUGGCUUACUUGAAAGAAAAGAAUGAAAAACGCCGCAAACAAGAAGAAGCAAUAAAACGCAUAGGUGGAGAAGUUGGGCGAGGACACGAAGGAAGUUAUGUGGGCAAACAUUUCCGUAUGGGAUUCAUGACCAUGCCUGCUCCUCAGGACAGACUUCCUCAUCCUUGUUCAAGUGGCUUUUCCGUGAGAUCCCAAUCCCUUCACUCAGUGGGGGGCACGGAUGAUGACAGCAGCUGUGGCUCUCGGAGACAACCUCCACCAAAGCCAAAACGAGAUCCCAGUACAAAACUGAGCACUUCAUCAGAGACUGUCAACACUACAGCAACGGGUAAAAGCAUGAGACUCCCUGAGAGAACUGAAGGGCCAGCCAAACCCAGACCCCACAGUGAUGAAUAUUCCAAGAAGAUUCCUCCUCCCAAGCCUAAGCGAAAUCCAAAUACCCAGUUAAGCACAUCUUUUGAUGAAACCUAUAUCAAAAAGCAUGGGCCUACAAAGGCAUCGCUGACGCGGGACACAUCUUUAUCACAGGUGAGCAGUCCUGCACUAGAUGCUGAGGAAGAGGAGCCUGUGUACAUUGAAAUGGUGGGGAAUAUUUUAAGAGACUUCAAAAAAGAGGAAGAUGACCAAAGUGAGGCAGUUUAUGAGGAAAUGAAAUAUCCCAUAUUUGAUGAUGUCAGCCAAGAGUCAAAAUGUGAAUUUGACCAUCACAGCUGCUCUUCUCAGUGUGCUACUCCCACAGUGCCUGACUUAGACUUCUCCAAGUCCUCAGUGCCAUGUACUCCAAAGGGUUUGCUUUGUGAUAUUCCCCCUCCCUUUCCAAACUUACUGUCUCAUAGACCCCCACUGUUGGUGUUUCCACCAGCACCCGUCCAGUGUUCCCCCAAUUCUGAUGAGUCACCUCUAACUCCACUCGAGGUCACAAAGCUUCCUGUGUUGGAAAAUGUGUCUUACAUCAAACAGCAGGCUGGAGCUUCUCCAUCAUCACUGCCAUCUCAUACUUCUGGUCAUCCCAAAUCAGAGAAAGACCAGACAAUAGUUCAUGGACCAUCAUCUUCUUCUUCCUCUUCUGUCCACUCUUCAUCACCUCCCCACCCUUCCACUUUAUACAGAACACCAUCUCCACAUGGAUACCCUAAAAGUCACUCUGCUUCACCUUCUCCUGUUAGCAUGGGGAGGUCACUUACUCCCUUAAGCCUCAAAAGACCACCACCCUAUGAAUCUUUACAUUCAGGAAGCAUCUCAAGAAGCUCUCCAUCAGUGCCUCAUUCUACAGCCAGAAACACAUUGCAGGAAGGAGGGAAGAUGGUAAAUGCCUCUGUCAAUACCUAUGGGUCAUCUCAGAGUGGCUCUCGCUCAAGAACUCCCACAAGUCCUUUAGAAGAGCUCACCAGCCUGUUUACCUCAGGACGAAGUUUGCUGAGGAAGUCCUCCAGUGGAAGAAGAUCAAAAGAACCUGCAGAGAAACCAACAGAUGAGCUAAAGAUUAGAAGCCACAGUACAGAACCACUACCAAAGCUGGAAAACAAAGAGAGAGGCCAUCAUGGGGCAUCCUCUUCUAGAGAGCCAAUAAAAGCUCAGGAAUGGGAUGGAACACCAGGACCACCAGUUGCAUCCAGUAGACUGGGAAGAUCCUCUGUUAGUCCAACCUUGUUAGCGGGAAACAGCAGCUCAGAGCCUAAAGUAAGCUGCAGAUUAGGUCGGUCUGCAUCCACGUCAGGCGUGCCUCCUCCUUCAGUUACUCCUCUCAGGCAAGCCAGCGAUCUGCAACAGAGCCAGGUGGCAUGCAUGCAGUGGUUGCAUGGAGACCAUACAAUGUUGGAGAUGAUUGAGAAAAAGCGCUGCUUGUGCAAAGAGAUCAAGGCAAGGCAGAAAACAGAAAAGGGGCUUUGCAAACAAGACAGCAUGCCAAUUUUACCAAGUUGGAAGAAGAAUACAGGGACAAAGAAGUAUAGUCCUCCACCAUAUUCUAAACAACAAACAGUGUUCUGGGAUACUGCAAUAUGACAAAGUAUGAGAUUUUGUAAACUCCAUAAGACUCUUACUUCACUUGUAUAGGGGAAAUGUUCCCCAGGCCUAUUUAAGAGGGUGUUUGUUGACAUCUAUCUUAUCUACUUGUGUUGAAAUGACAACACUGUCCUUGGAAAUUCAUGUUAACUUGUGCUUACUUAAAAUAAAUCCAAGGCAAUUAACUUUACCAACAAAUUAAGACAAAUGUGUUUAUUAAGGAUUUUUUUUAAUCCAAAAGAUAUUUAAAGUGUAAAUAUUUUACUAAUCUAUUGAAAGAAAACACCGGAAAUAGUACACAUAUAUACAUAUAUAAUUUAAAGAGGUAUCAAGAGUUUUACUAUAUAAUGUAUGAAACAAUUUAUUUUCUAUUUUCUAUGUAAUCCCCUGUUUUCUUUUCCUUUCCCACCUAAAUUUGUCUUCUGUACAAAAGCAUGUGACUAUAAAUCAUUGUUCAGCAGUAUAAUAUGUGAAUAAAUCUGGUGCUGGGAUGGUAGAAGUUGAAUAUCACCAUAUUCAUUAGGCACAUCUGUGACUUUUUUAUUUUUAUUAAAAUUUUGACAGGAAAUUAAUGCAAAUGUAGCACCUAAUUUGGAUGUUCAUAUCACAUUAAAACCAAUCCCUUUUGCUACAUGUUUCUAAGAAGUUUAUCUUAAAUAUCCUCUAAUUUAUAUUAAAUAAUUGUUAGUCAACUCUCCAGAGGUAGUUAUUUAGAUGUAUUUGGCUAACGUAGUAGAAUAAUUUUAAUUUAGAAAUGUCUGUAGGAAGACACUUCUUUGCAUUGUUGAUAUGAUUAGCGGAGACCAGGGUUCACUGUGACUAUGAAAAGGGAUAUCAGAAUCUAAAGAAUUAUACUGUUUUCUAGAAGGUUUUUAACCAUGGCAAUGUAGCCACAAUUCCUGACAAGUGGAAGAAAAAAGGGUAGGGGAAUAUAUGUUUUUUAUUUUUUUUUUUGCCUGAAAAAAAUGAUUAAAGUCAUGCAAGAUUUGUUUACAUGGAUUUUUUUUUGUAUGCUCAAAUGUUUCUCAAAUUAGCACCAGAUAAGAUAAAAAAAAAAACAUAUUUCUCUGGAAUCACUCAUUAGUUUUAAGAUGUUCAGAUCAGGGUUUUCCAUGCAGAAUUGUAACAAAUUAUGAUACCAUGACCACAACCAAAGAAUUGUGAAAUUUAUUUUAUUAUUUUGAUUUUUUCAAAGGAAAAACAAGCAGGGGAUGGGGAUAGAUCCAAUUGUAUAUGAUGGUGGGAUUUGUGUUAAUAUCUCCCAAAAGCAACUUAGUAAAAAUAUGAAUAUUGCCACGGAUAAAUGAAAAGUAAACAAUCACAUAUAUUUUGUAUAUUUAAAUGACUAUGCUUCUUAAAUUUGACAGCAUGAACAUUCUUUACUAAUCACUUUAGUAUUCUUUGAAAAAAUGUGUUUUUUGACAUUAUUGUCAUAUUGGCUUUCCUUUUUAAAUGAUAUUGACAGCCAUUCUACAGUGCUGGUCAAUAAAACCAAAUAUAAUAGAAUUUCAUAGUAUUUUGUAAUCUAUAUUGCUAAGCCUUGAGUAAUGCUUUAUCAGUAGAAGUUCCUUUCAAGCCUUUGAGAUAUUUUAAAGAUAAUUUUAAUAAUUUAUAGCUAAUGUAUAUUUUGAUGUCCAAACUCAGAAUUCUGUACAAGAUGAGGAAAAACAUAAGUGUUUGUGUAUACAUGUGUGAGUGAAUAUGCAGUGAAUAUUUGCAAAAGCAAAUUAAGAGUAAGAGGAUUUUCCAUAAUGGAGGUAGGAGAAUAAAACAGAACCAUCAUUAUAUGAAGUCAUGAAAAGGUCUUUAGUCCUUUAAUAUAGUUCCUUUCCAUAAAUUUCACCAGCUAUAUGUUGUUUUAAAUUUAACCAAAACUGGCUCAUAAGAAUGAAAAUUCUAAUAAAAACAUGUUGAUUUAAAUGAAAAUGUUUAUGAUCUUAGGCAUUUACUAUUCCUUUAUGUAAAUCUGAUCACAGUGAUUCAAUCAAGUCAAGUUUCAGGUGUAGUUCUCUUAAGAGUACAUUUAGGACCAAUGUUGUAAUCCUUGAAAUUUAUAUUGAGGAAAUAAAUUUUCAAGAAGACAUUAAUGGACUUUUCACUUUUGCCCAGUCUUUCUUAACUAGGUAUUAGAACUGAUAUUAAAAAUGACAACAUGGCAUAUGGUUAACUCAAGCAUAAGUGUUUAAUUUGGAUGGAUCUAAUCAAGUGUUGUGUCAACAAACAUUUGAUUCUCUGAAUACCUUUUCCAGUCUCUUAAGUUAGGGCAUAUAUUUGCAUGUCAUUUCUUCCAUGCCCAAUCCAAGUGUGUUGCAAUUGGAUUAUAUGAAAAAAUGAUACCAUUGUGAUUGAAGUCCUGAAACUUUCAUUGUAUGCCUAUGAAAUUAUUGAUUACAUGUAUCUAAUCAAAUCCAACAAGCAUUUAUUUAUUUAGCAAUUUGCAUAGGCCAAGCACUGUGGUAGUUUCCAAAGACUCCCCCCACCACCAAAAAAACAAAAACAAAAAAUUACCCUCCUUAAUCAUUCAUUGGAAUGGGAAUGAAUUUGAGUGAGAAAAGCCUUCAUUAGCUAUUUUGGAUUGCUUACUCCAAAAAGCAUUUCCCUCUUCUUUCAUUAUCUCUUUACUUGGAGCUUAAGAGAGUAUUAAAGACAAGGUAAAGUGGAAAGACAACCUCUUGAGAACAAUAAUUUGUGGAUCGGAUCUGAUGAAAGAAAGAAAAACACAAAAAUAUUCAAACACUUUGAUUAACCUCAUAUUUAUAACUACCUUCCAUACUAAAUCAGUCAUGAUAUGUAGCUUUCCUACAGUCUACUAGUUCAGCUCCAAGGUUAAGGAAUAUCCUCAGUGGUAAGUCAGGGAAAUGUAUUUUCUGCAGAUUCAAAACCUCAAUCAAACACAAGAAUACCAUUAUGUAUAUACAAAAAAAUACAGUAUAUUCCCUGGAAUGGAGUUCCUUUGUUAUCAUAUAAAUAUAGGCUUCCAUCUUUUCCCAUGUAGAUGCAAUUGAAGUUUACAUGAAAUAAUCAGUGAUCUCUGGCACUUGUUGAUAAUGUCCAUAUUGGUAAAACCAGCUUAUAAACCCUACUCACAUCUUUUAAAAAAAAUCAAAUAUAUGUAUGAAAUUGUGCUCAGUCAAAUAACUUUUUAUUUUAUUUAAGAGAUAAAUUCAAUCAAACAGGGUCCUGUACAUCCUAAGCAUUCCAGAUAUAUUUCUAGACUUAAUAAAGGCUGAAAUGACUAAAUUAUAUCUUUUUAAAUGAAUUCUCCUUUCUAGACUCAGCUAUACUCAGGUAGUAAGUGGAAUAUUCCUUCAUGGAUUCCAUAUUGUAAAGUAGCAUGCUAUUCAUGUUUAGCUUAGGCUGUGUCUAUAUGCCUAAAUUAGGUGGAGAGUUUUGAUUUUCUUCAAUGAUCUCAUGAGUGAAAAUAGUUGAAGCUGUUUGACAAAUGUGUCAAGUCAGAAGUCAAACAUGUGCAUAUACAGACAAGUUUAGCAUUCUCCAUAUACUGAUAAGAAGGAGGUAGAUAUUCAGUGUCCUCAGAUAGAAUGCCAUCCAAGUUUUUAAUUCAUGUCCUUUAUAUAUCUGCAUAUGGAAUGCAGAUAGUCAAUAGCUUUUAAUACAAAGACCAAUUCAUUCUUACAAAUACAUUUUUAAGCUAUUUGGGCCACAAAAUGCUUCACCAACUCACUUUGCUGACUAACAGACCAUGGAAACAUGGUAAACCAAUGACAUAGUCCUUUCUGACCUGUCUUUACCAUCUUCAUGUGCCCUAUAGUGCCCCAGUACAAUAGCUUGCACAGAGGAUGCAGUGGAUAAGUAUUUAUUGCAUCAGAUUUAAUUGAGUUGCACUGGAUGAGAGGGCAACUUGGUAUUUGCAGAACUGGGGCAAUUAAUAGACAAUUGCCAACAUUCCCAAUGUGAAAUCAUUAUAUUGCAAACAAAGCAGCAUUGUUUAAGCAAUUAAUGUCUGAUAUUUGUAUAUAUGCAUUCUAUUUAAUGCUUUCCAGAGUAAGUAGAUAGUCAAAACAAAUGAGUGGAAUGCAUUAAAGCUAAUUUAUAAACACAUAAUGUGUUUAUAUGAAAGCAUCUUCAGGCACACAUACAGUAUGCCAAUGGAAUUAUGUAAAUCAAUAAUGGGCUAAUAGGUUUUGCAAUGAGAGGAACGGCUCUUGAACUCAAUGGCUUGCAGAGUGGACCAAAUUGAAAACAGUUUGGCAUUUGGAUCAAUUUCUUCUUGACAAAUAGGUAUAGGGAGGGGUAUAAAGAAGCAGCUGAUGAAGUUUCCCUUUAAAUAGCCACAGGUUUCAAAUUUAGGGAUGAACAUCAUCAGAGGAAUAGAGUUGGAACUGGCCCCAACAAAAAGAUAUUUGAAUAGUCUUUUGAGGUGUUUGAUGACCUCCCCAUAGUGUUGGGUUUCCUCAUCCCUAAUGUAUCUGCAUUGACACAUGUAUGCAACUACAUACAGUAUACAUACUGUAUAUAUUUAUCAAAUGUUUAGUAUGCAAUUCUUUUGUUCAGGACUCCUGGAGUUAACCUUUCUAGUGUAGCAAGUUGUGUAAAGUGCACUGUGAUGACAAGAAAGCACAGUCAAGUCACAGGUCUUGUUAUUCUUGCACUAAAAAAAUGUGUUUACGUAUUUAGCCACUGUAUGUUUACUUUAUCACUCUUUUUGAAAAAUUUAAAAGAAUAGCUACUAAGAAAAUGAUAUAAGAUAGUAUGUUUUAUAGUGGAUAAUGGCACUACAUUUUUAAAAGACAGGGUUUUUAAAAGAGAGAAAACCAUUCUAAAUCCAUUUCAUUCUAAUAUAACAUGUUUACCAAUAUCUUAAUAACUGAAUGUUCUAUUGCUUUCUUCAUGAGUCAUUAGAAGUGUUGGGUCUGUGCCUGAAAACGUGCAAAGAAAGAGUAGGUAGCAGGUUUCUGUACUUAUGUAUUUCUUAACCAUUUCUACAUACGCAGUCUAUACACAGAUAUUAUUUCUUUUCAUUUUGUACUUGAUUUUUUAAGUGAUAUGUAAUUAUAAAUGUACUUUGAUACUUCUGAAGUAACAAUACUUUGUUUGGGGGGAUGGGGAAAGCGUUUUGAUUUCCUUAGUGCAUUGAGAAUACUUUAUAAUCCUUUUGUGCUUACUGAUUUGUGAUCCAGUGUAAUUAUAAUAAAAGCAAUAGUUUAAAAUAA